GUGUAAGCCCAAUAUCAUCGGGCGACAGUGUGACCUCUGUGCCCCUGGCUACUACCACUACCCCAACUGCCGGCGCUGUGACUGCCACCAGGCUGGCACCAGAGCGAGCGUGUGUGACCCGGUCACGGGACAGUGUCACUGCAAGGAAAAUGUGGAGGGCCCGAGGUGUGACCAGUGCCGUCUGGGGACAUUUUCUUUGGAUGCCAGCAACCCCAAGGGCUGCACCAAGUGUUUCUGUUUUGGUGCGACCGAUCGCUGCCGCAGUGCUGAGAAGCACCGAGCUGAGUUCGUUGACAUGAACGGGUGGCUCUUGUUGAGCAGCGACCGCCAGGAAGUGCCGAUGACUCUGAGCCUGCGGGAGCAGCUCCUCCAUGCUGAUCUCAAGAACCUCCUGGAUGCCUACCAGGAACUCUACUGGGUUGCACCCAGCUCCUACCUUGGGGACCGGGUUUCCUCCUAUGGUGGGCACCUGCGCUAUGAGCUGCACUCCAACCCACGGAGAGGUGACAUCUUCAUUCCCAUGGAGUCCCGUCCGGAUGUGAUCCUGAAGGGAAAUCAGAUGAGCAUCAUGUUUCUGGAAGGCACCUACCCAUCCCCAGGGGAGGUACAUGAAGGCCGGCUGCAGCUGGUGGAGGGUAACUUCAGGCACACGGAGACACACAACCCUGUGUCUAGAGAAGAGCUCAUGAUGGUGCUGGCAAACCUGGAACAGCUGCAGAUCCGGGCACUCUUCUCCCAACUCUCUUCAUCCGUGUCCCUGCGCCGCGUGGUCCUGGAGAUGGCAACAGACACAGCCACGGGCAUCCAUGCCAGGAACGUGGAGCUGUGCUUUUGCCCAGCUAACUACCAGGGGGACUCCUGCCAGGAAUGUGCUCCAGGUUACUACAGGGACACCAAGGGGCUCUUUCUGGGAAAAUGCAUCCCAUGUCAUUGCAACGGCCACUCAGAUCAGUGCCUGCCAGGCUCUGGGAUAUGCCUUAACUGCCAGCACAACACGGAGGGAGACCACUGUGAGCGAUGCAAGGAUGGCUACAUGGGCAGCCACUCUGCUGAAGAACCUCUACAGUGUGUUGGGUGUCCGUGCCCUCUUUCAGUUGCCUCCAACAAUUUUGCCGUUGGUUGUGUUCACAAGGGCUCCAACACCCAGUGCCUCUGCAAGCCCGGCUAUGCUGGACCCAGCUGUGAGCGGUGUGCCCCAGGAUACUAUGGCAAUCCCUUGGUGAUUGGCAGCUCGUGCCAGCCCUGCGACUGCAGUGGGAACACGGAUCCCAACAUGCUGUUCAGCAGCUGUGACUCCUUGACGGGCUCCUGCACGGGGUGCAUGCACCACACGGCCGGUCCCCGCUGCGAGGUCUGUGCCCACGGCUACUACGGGGAUGCAGUGGCAGCCAAGAACUGCACACAGUGCAACUGUUCGCCUUGUGGGACAGAGUCGUGCCAUCCACAGACUGGCCAGUGCUUCUGCAAGGCUGGAGUGACCGGCCAGCACUGCGACCGCUGCGAGGAGGGCUACUACGGCUUCGAGGGAUGCUCCGGCUGCCGGAGGUGUGACUGUGACAUCGGUGCCGUGGGGACCAGCUGCCACGCUCAGAGUGGCCAGUGCCACUGCCUGCCCGGUGUCAGCGGUGUGCGCUGUCACCAGUGUGCCCCGGGCUACUGGGGCUUCAGCGAGAGCGGCUGUACGAAGUGCGAGUGCAGAGGGGGCUCCUGUGACCCGCGCACUGGGGAGUGCACCUGCUCCAACGGGCUGACUGGGAAGCAGUGUGACAUCUGCAUGCACGAGCACGAGAUCCCCGUGGCCAACGGUCCGGACAGCGUGAGAUGUGAAGUGUGUGACAGCUGUGUCCUGCUUCUGCUGGAGGAUCUGCAGAGCAUCGAGAUGUCCUUCCCCUCCAUCCGCAGCCAGCUGGUCAACCUCAACGCCAGCUCCAUCGCCUGGGCUCGCCUCCACGGUCUCAACAGCACUAUGGUGGCCGUCGCUAACCAGCUGCGUGAGUACCAGAGAGCCAUGAGCAGGAUCAGGCAAAGGGCUGACGAGCUGGAGGAUGAGAACGUGGACCUCACGCAGGACCUGAACGCGCUGCAGCACAAAAUGACAAUGACUCACAGAGAAGCAAACCGGAUUGAGCAGCACACGAGAGAGACCUACCAGAGGGGAGAGCAGCUCCUGCUCAAUAUCCAAAGCAUUCAGAAAGGCAUUGCAGACUUGGUGAGGCAGAUGGCCAGGUUUGGGGCAGCAAACGCCAGCACCACCUCCACUGAGGAUUUUCGUCAGAAGAUGGCCGAGGUGGAAAGAAUGCUGAGGGAGAUGAAGGAGCGGAGUCUGGGCAGCCAGGAGGAGCUGGCAAAGCGCGAGCACGAUGAGGCUCAGAAGUUGCUCCAUCGGGUGAAGAAUGAGCUGCAUGCCCGCUGGGAGUCCAACCAGGACCUGGUGAGCAGCAUCCGGGACCGGCUGGCACAGCACAGCUCCCAGCUGAUGGAUCUCCGCGAUGCCCUCAAUGAGGCUGUGAACAAAACCAGACAGACAGAAGAGUUGAACAGCCUGAACCGCAACAACCUGGAGGAGAGUCAGCAAAAGAGCCGUGAACUCCAAAAGCAGCACACACUGGUGCAGGAGACCCUGAGGAUGGCCAAGGACUCCCUGGCCCAGGUCUCAGACUUCCUACAGAAGAUGGAGAGUGCAAAGGAGGCGUACGAGAAGCUGGCGGCCUUGCUGGAUGGGGCAAAGCUGCCCCUGACUGAGAGGGUUAAGAAGUUCUCCCCAGCCAGCAGCAAGAUCCCCAUCGUGGAGCAGGCUGAGGAGCAUGCCCGGCUCCUGGAUGAGCUUGCAAGGAACUUGUCCAGCAUUAUCCAGGGCACAAACCAGGAUGGCUUUAUCCAGCGAGCAAUCGAUGCCUCCAACGCCUACGCCAGCAUCAUUGAAGCUGUGAAAAAAGCCGAGCGAGCAGCCCACGAUGCUGAUGAGGCAGCCAGCGAGGCUCUGAUGAAUGUCAUCUCAGAAAAUCUUGGGGCCAUCUCUAAAGAGCUGAAGAGGAACAGCAGCAACCUGGAAGAGGCUGUGAGGAGAGAGCAGAGAAAACUCAACGGAGCUAUUAAAGGCACUCUGCAGACAGCGAAGGACAAGCUGGCUGACCUCCGUGUGAGGAAGGAGCAGCUCCUGAGCCAGCUCCAGUCUGUGCAGGACAUGCUGGGCAGGGACCAAGAGGACACAAAAGAGACAAUCCAGAAUGCCAAAGCAGCAGCUGCUGAGGCCAAUGAAACAGCUGCAAGAGUGGGAGAUACCCUGAGCACCAUGAAGAAGAAUCUGGAUGAAUGGAAAGACAAGUAUGGAGGGCUUCGAAAUGAAGACCUGAACCAGGCAGUACAGGAUGCCAGGAAAACGGUGUCCAGCCUGGAAAGCACCAUCCCACUGCUGCUGGGGAAGCUGAGCAGCCUGGAGAACAGGAGGAACAAGAAUGCCACCGUGUCAGAGAACAUCGUGCGGAUCCGGCAGCUCAUCACGCAGGCGAGGAACGCCGCCAGCAAGGUGAAAGUCCCCAUGAAGUUCAACGGCAGCUCAGGUGUGCAGGUCCGGAUGCCCAGCAACCUGCAGGAUUUGGCAGCUUAUACAUCCCUCAAAUUCUACAUCCAAAAUCCCGAGCCCAGGAGCCGGCAGCGACGGCAGGAUGGGACAGAGGAGGGGAGAUUCGUGUUGUACCUGGGCAGCCGGGAGGCCACUGGAGACUACCUGGGCAUCGUGCUCAAGGACCACAAAGUGCAGUGGGUCUACAGACUGGGCGAUGAGGAGCCAGCCUCCCUAACUGUCGAUGAGGACAUUGGAGAGCAGUUUGCCACCAUCAGCAUCAACAGGAUCCUGCAGUAUGGGCACAUGUCAGUGAUCGUGGAGAGACAGACAGUGCACGAGACCAAGGGAGACAGCGUGGCCAAAGGGGAGCAGGGGCUGCUCAACCUCGACCCACGCAACGUGGUCUUCUACGUGGGUGGCUACCCUUCCAGCUUCACGCCUCCUCCUGCUUUGCGCUAUCCCAGCUACCGCGGGUGCCUGGAGCUGGACACACUGAACGAGGAGGUGGUGAGCCUCUACAACUUCCAACGCACCUUCCAGGUGGAUACUACUGCUGAGAAGCCCUGUGCAAGGUCCAAAUCUACAGGAGACCCUUGGUUGACUGAUGGCUCCUACUUUGAUGGCACCGGUUAUGCAGAGAUCAAGUUUGAGAGCCAGUUUGGCACAACCAAGCGCUUCGAGCAGGAGAUCCGUGUGGUUUCCUACAAUGGCAUCCUCUUCUUCCUGGAGAAUCAGGGUCAGUUCCUGUGUCUGGCCAUCCGGGAUGGGAAGCUGGUGCUUUACUAUGACUUCAGCAGCGGCCUGGAGAUGGCAAAACCCAGCAGCAACUCCUCCUCCCUCACCAUCAGCAGCACCACAAACAAAGCAAUCCAGAUUUUCCUCCUCAAAAUGAAUAACAAGAAGCGCAUCCUGGUGCGGCUGGAGCGUCUCACCAUCUUCAUGGUGGAGCAGGAGAAUUCCCUGGAGAACGCUGUCUCCUACUACCUGGGUGGUGUGCCCCCAGCUGUGCUGCCCCCCAGCUUGAAAGUGCUCUUCCCCACCGGUGGGCCCAUCCGGGGCUGCAUGAAGGGCUUGAAGGCUCUGGGCAAAUAUGUUGACCUGAAGCGUAUGAGCACUGUUGGCGUGAGCUACGGGUGCACCUCGGACCUCCUGGUGGCUCGUUCAGUCAGUGUCCAUGGCCAUGGCUACCUGACCCUGGCCUUGAAGGACGUGCCAGGGCUGCGGGACUUCUACAGCGGCUUCAGCUUCCGGACGGAGGGGACGUGCCGGGUGUCCCUCCGGAAGGGCCAACUGACCUUGAACCUGCUGGAAACCGAAGUCACCACUGGAAAUGCCUACGCAGAUGACAGGACCCACUACGUGGCCUUCUACAGCGAUGCCCGUGGGGGCUCACCAGAGCCAGGUUUCCUCAGCAACCUCACCGGUUGCAUCGGGAAUGUCUUCGUCAAGCGGACGUCAGAGCCACAGAUGGUGGUGGACCUGCAGCAGAACGUGGAGAGCAUCAACGUCACCAUGAGCUGUCCUUGGGGUGAGCAGCCGCAGCAACUC